AUGGGGUUUUCCGCAUGUAACAGCGAGCCGUCCUUGUAUACUAAAAAUCAAGGGCGCAAAUUAAAUAUAAUUGCAGUAUACGUUGACGAUCUGAUGAUUGCUUGUUCAGAUCUUGGUGAGUUGAUGCAGAUAAAACAACAAAUUUCUAGUAUUUUUCAGAUUGUUGACAAGGGUCGCAUUAACAAAUUCUUGGGUAUGGAGAUCGAGCGAGUUGGUUCAGUUGGGGCGAUAUCAAUUUGCCAAAAACAACAAGUGCAACAACUAUUGCAUAAAUAUGACAUGGAUGUGUGUCGUCCAGUAURUACACCACUUGAACCAAGCUUUCAAGUCAAUUGUAAUGAAAGCAACUGUCGAAAGGUCAACGCAGCUGAGUAUCAGAGUCUAAUAGGUUCACUAAUGUUUAUCGCGGUGAACACAAGAUCCGACAUAUUGCACUCGGUGUGCAAAUUAGCGCAGCGAAAUUCCGAUCCACAUUGUGAACAUGUUGCAGCGACAAAGCAUGUUUUGCGAUACCUGAAAGCGACUAUAAAUUUGAAGCUGCACUACAGAAAAACUGGCGAGUGGAUGAAGGGUUAUGUAGAUGCCGAUUGGGGUAGUGACGCAACAGACCGCAAGUCAUAUACAGGCUAUGCAUUUUUCUUUGGUGGCAGCGUUUUUAGUUGGGAGUCUAGAAAGCAACCAACAGUGGCUUUGAGCAGCACGGAAGCCGAGUAUAUGGCGCUCUCGGCAGCAGCGAAAGAAUCUGUUUAUUUAAAUAAGUUGUGGACAGAAAUGAAAAUGUACGAUAAGGGUGGUUCRAUCGUGAUCAACGGUGACAAUAUGAGCGCGAUGAGCUUAAUUACAUUGGAUGUGGAUAUGCCAGCAGUGCCAACACCAACGGUGAGGUCUAUAACUGUGUCACGCCCUGGGGCAACUCCAGCGCCACGAAUCCCAGCGGCAACCACCACAGCAACCGCUCCUCGUAGUGGCAAGCGACCACUACCACCGCCCUCAGCACCGAUUACAAUGGAUGUGGGUAUGCCAGCAGUGCCAACACCAACGGUGAGGUCAGCUAUAACUGUGUCACGCCCUGGGGCAACUCCAGCGCCACGAACCCCAGCGGCAACCACCACAGCAACCGCUCCAAUAAAGAAGUUGCCACAUUUACAAAAAUURUUCGGACUUCUGCUCACCUUUCCAUUCCACAAUCCU